AUGACCCGUCACUGCUCGCUUAUCGAAGAGGUGGCAUUAUGCGUACCAACAGUUCUAUCUGACAUCCACGUGGGUUAUUCUCCCGACAAAGGCAACAUCCACAAGAUACCCUUUUUGAUACCCAUUCCGGCUGGCAUACCAGAAACAACAGUCACAGAUCUGGGCCAGCUAUCACUGUAUCUAGUUGCUUCCACUACAACCGCGGCUGAGGAGGCGAUUGGUGCCAGCGAGCAAAUCAACAUUGUUCGCCGAAUCAUACCAGGAAGCGAUCCGAUACAGCAUACUCGCAUAUACCCGACGUCAAAAGUGAUCAACGAUGUUAUUCUUACCCAAAAGCUCGGUGCAAGUACGGGCUCACGCCUUUCACUUUCUGUAAGAGUGUCUCUCAGAAAACCAGCUGCACCCAGUAACCGUGCCCUGGAAUUCAAAUGUGUCGCAAUCCGGAAAAUUCAAUGGCGUGUUGAGGAAGUGACAAAACUCUUUAAAAGUGCGAAAGACUAUCGCCAACCACGAAACGAGGAGCCCCCCGAAUACGAGCCGGUUGAAGACGAAUCUUUUACUCGCGAAUUGUUCCACGGAUAUCAGAACGGGUAUUGGGGAACUCCGGACAAUCCAAUCGUGAAAGAGCAGGAGACUCAUCAAGAAAAGAACUCCGCUGUGGAGAUCGCAUUCGACAUAGCAAUACCUAGAGCUGUGGCUCCAACCCCAGAGAUCGGGUUGAAAUGCUACAGCUUCGACUACAGACCAGGGGAUCAUCUACUGCCAUGUGUUCACGAAGAUACCUCUUCCAUGACACAACAGAGAAUGAUGAUUACUGUCGAGCACCGACUCAAACUUGAUAUCUUGACUAGCGAGGAUACAUUUGGUGUGCACAACAAAAGCCUGGUUGAUCGCAAACCACUCCAAACUGCACUCAGUGGAUCGUUUCCGCUGCACAUUCUCAAAAAGAGCCAAAAUAACAUCGAUCCAGACGUUUGGCAGGUUAAUCCACCAUGCUACACGGAAAUACCUGCAUCACCACCGCAUUACGAACCCAUUUUUUGA